AGCAGAGGCGACUCCGUUGGUGCAGAUCGAGACCCCCAAUGAUAAAUGGAGUGUGGUGAAGCACACCAGGACCUAUCCUACAGACUCUUACGGGAUCAUCGAGUUUCAGGGAGGAGGAUUCAUCAACAAGGCCAUGUACAUCCGGGUUUCUUAUGACACUAAGCCCGACAACCUCCUGCAUCUGAUGGUGAAGGAUUGGCAGCUGGAGCUGCCCACGUUGCUCAUCUCGGUGCAUGGUGGUCUCCAGAACUUUGACCUUCAACCCAAACUAAAGCAAGUAUUUGGCAAAGGCCUGAUAAAAGCGGCUGUCACCACGGGAGCUUGGAUCUUCACGGGUGGAGUAAACACAGGGGUGAUCCGUCAUGUUGGAGAUGCCUUAAAGGACCAUUCAUCCAAGUCACGAGGGAAGGUGUGCGCAAUAGGAAUUGCUCCAUGGGGUAUCUUGGAAAACAAAGAGGACCUCAUUGGGAAAGAUGUAACCAGACCUUAUCAAUCAAUGGCAAACCCACUGAGCAAGCUGGCAGUGCUCAACAGUAGCCACUCUCAUUUCAUCCUUACUGACAACGGAACCUGUGGGAAGUACGGCUCCGAGGUCAAACUCCGUCGGCUUUUGGAAAAGCACAUCUCCUUGCAGAAGAUCAACACUCGUUUGGGUCAGGGCGUUCCUCUUGUGUGCCUAAUAGUGGAAGGAGGUCCCAAUGUCAUCUCCAUUACCUUGGAGAGCUUGAGGGACGAGCCUCCCAUCCCCGUGGUGGUGUGUGAUGGCAGCGGCCGUGCUUCGGACAUCAUAUCCUUCGCACACAAGUUCUCAGAGGACGGAGGCCUGGUUAAUGAUGACGUCAGAGACCAGCUCUUAGUCACGAUCCAGAAGACAUUUAAUUAUAGCAAAAGCCAGUCUCAGCAGAUCCUGCUCAUGGUAAUGGAGUGCAUGAAAAAAAGGGAGCUGAUCACUGUUUUUCGAAUGGGCUCUGAGGGACAGCAAGAUAUUGAAAUGGCCAUUCUGACUGCUUUGUUAAAAGGCACAAAUGCAUCUGCAGCAGACCAGCUCAGUCUGGCUUUGGCCUGGAACAGAGUGGAUAUUGCCCGCAAUCAUAUUUUUGUUUACGGGCACAACUUACCACCUGCUGGAGCCAUUGCCAACACAACAAGUGCAGCAUCAGCUCAGGAAAAACCAAGGAGUCCAGUCAGUGCUCCACGAAACAAAGUCCGGACUAAAAAGGGGAAGGGGAAGGGAAAGGCCAAACCUGAACCUCCUGAGGAGACAGAUCCCAGAAAGCUGGAGCUCAUUCGCUGGGUGAACUCUUUGGAGCAGGCUAUGAUGGAUGCUCUUGUGCUGGACAGAGUGGACUUUGUCAAACUGCUGCUUGAGAACGGCGUCAACAUUCAUCAUUUCCUCACCAUCCCUAGACUGGAGGAGCUGUACAAUACAAAACUUGGUCCUGCGAAUACACUGCAUGCUGUGGUUCGAGAUGUUAAAAAGGGAAACCUUCCACCAGAUUACCAGAUCACUUUGCAUGAUAUCGGUCUGGUGCUGGAAUACCUCAUGGGUGGAGCUUACAGGAGCAAAUACACAAGGAAGGCUUUCCGCAAUCUCUACAAUACUUUAUAUGGACUAAAAAGGCCAAAAGCUUUGAAGCUCCUGGGAAUGGAAGAUGUUUAUUUGCAGGAUGAUGAACCAAGACCAAAAGGCAAGAAAAAGGCCAAAAAGAAGAAGGAAGAAGAAGUGGAGAUAGACGUGGAUGACCCAGAGAUCUGUCGAUUCAAGUACCCCUUCCAUGAGCUGAUGCUAUGGGCAGUGCUAAUAAAGCGGCAGAAGAUGGCACUGUUUCUUUGGCAGCGUGGCGAGGAAGCUAUGGCGAAGGCCUUGGUGGCUUGCAAACUGUAUAAGGCCAUGGCCCACGAGUGCUCUGAAAGCGAAUUGGUGGAUGACAUAUCCCAAGAUCUGGAGAACAACUCCAAAGAAUUUGGCCAACUGGCUUAUGAGCUGUUGGACCAGUCCUACAAGCACGAUGAACAGGUGGCCAUGAAACUCCUGACAUACGAGCUUGUCAAUUGGAGUAACUCCACUUGUCUGAAGCUGGCUGUGGCUGCGAAACAACGAGACUUCAUCGCUCACACCUGCAGUCAGAUGUUGCUCACUGACAUGUGGAUGGGCUGUUUAAGGAUUGGAAAAAAUCCUGGCCUCAAGGUUAUCCUUGGAAUCAUCUUACCUCCUAUGAUUCUGCUCCUGGAUUUCCGAAUUGGAGAGGAUACGUCUUAUAAACGGCCUGGAGACAAAGAAGAGGGAAAGGACAAGGAGGAUGAUGCAAAAUCCAGCAAGGACCCUAACACUGAUGGGACUUCCCGCAAAGGUGAUGAGGAGGAGGGCAGUGCUAAUGUCCGCAAAAUUCCCAUUGGAAAAAGGUUCUUUGAGUUUUACGAUGCCCCAUUUACCAAAUUCUGGUUCAACACUAUUUCCUAUCUGGGUUAUUUGAUGUUGUAUAAUUAUAUCAUCCUGGUGAAAAUGGAGCGAUGGCCAUCUGUACAAGAGUGGACAGUCAUUGCAUACAUCCUCACUCUUGGCACAGAAAAAGUUAGACAGAUUCUGAUGUCCGAGCCAGGGAAGCUGAAACAGAAGAUAAGUGUUUGGAUGGAAGACUAUUGGAACAUCACAGACCUUGCUGCCAUCUCCACCUUCCUUCUGGCGCUGAUGCUGCGCUUGCAGCCUGAACCAUACAUGGGCUACGGCAGAGUCAUCUACUGCAUAGACAUCAUCUUCUGGUACAUUCGUGUGCUGGACAUCUUCGGAGUCAACAAGUACCUGGGACCCUACGUGAUGAUGAUAGGGAAAAUGAUGAUUGAUAUGAUGUACUUUGUCGUGAUCAUGCUGGUGGUACUAAUGAGCUUCGGUGUGGCCCGGCAAGCCAUCCUUCACCCGGAUGAGGAGCCGACGUGGCGCCUGGCCAGGAACAUCUUCUACAUGCCCUACUGGAUGAUCUAUGGGGAGGUUUUUGCAGACUCGAUAGACCGUAAGACUAGAAUUUAUAUCUAUGCAAUGGAAAUCAAUCCUCCAUGUGGAGAACAUUUAUAUGAUGAAGAUGGCAAAAAACUUCCUCCAUGCAUCCCCGGUGCAUGGCUCACACCUGCAAUUAUGGCUUGUUAUCUUCUCGUGGCAAACAUCCUUUUGGUUAACCUGCUCAUUGCCGUCUUCAACAACACCUUUUUUGAGGUCAAGUCCAUUUCCAACCAGGUGUGGAAGUUUCAAAGAUACCAGCUGAUCAUGACGUUCCACGACCGCCCAAUCCUGCCUCCGCCGCUCAUCAUCCUGAGCCACCUUUACAUCCUCUUCAACAGGCUUUUCCGACGUUGUAUCAGGAAAAGACAGGAAGGAGAACUCGAUGAGAAAGACCGAGGCCUUAAGCUCAGACUGAAUCCAGAGGAACUAAAAAAUCUGUAUGAGUUUGAGGAACAGUGUGUGGAGGAAUAUUUCCGUGAAAAGGAGGAUGAGCAACAGUCCUCAAGUGAUGAACGCAUUAAGGUUACUUCAGAAAGAGUUGAGAACAUGUCAAUGCGUCUGGAGGAGGUCAACGAGAGGGAGAACACCAUGAAAGCUUCGCUGCAGACAGUAGACCUGCGUCUGGCCCAGCUGGAAGAGCUCCACGGACGUAUGGCUUCCGCACUGGAAAAGCUCGCAGGAGUAGACAAACUGGAGUUAACCAGAACCUUCUCCAGAAACUCAUCUGUGUGCGACCAUUCCACUCUCCUCCGGCAAGGCAGCAUUAACAGCGCAGAUGGUUACAGCCUCUACCGCUUCCACAUGGACAUGGAAGAGUUUGCGUCCAGGCAGAAGGAAGCGGACGAGAAAGGAGGCCUAGAGAGAGAGCGGAGUGUGCGCCAAACCUCAAGCACAUGUGCUCUUAACGUAGCACAGACCCUAGAGGUUGGUGGUUUGGAGAGAUCGCGACCUAGUUCAUGUGUGGACAUUCUCAUAUCUCCAUGUGAACAGAAGCUUUCGUCUGGGGCAUCAAGCCAAGAAAACAUAACCAACAUACGGCAAGGCAGCACAGUGUUUCUGGACAAACUACCAGACAAAAACAGGCUAAAACCUUUAUCACCUGCCAAAAGGGCUAAAUCACUAAAAUACUUUCCUGCUGAAGCCCAACCCACAUCUCCUUUAACAAAGAGAUUUGUCAGCACCAUUGCUGUCCACCCCCCUGAUAAACCAGAGAGAGCUGCUGAGCCUACAGCUGAGGCCAAACCUCUAGAAGGAACUUCCUCUUCUCCAAGAAGGGCAAAAUCCCUAAGAGAUCUUCCGGCUGAAAGCCAAAGUCAGACACCCCCCAUCACUAGGAAGAGGGCUAUCAGCAGCAUCAUUUAUGAUCCAGCUGAAACAGGUGAUAAAACUCAAAUGCUUGCAGAUUCAGAGCGCCAGGUCCAUCCCAGUGGAAAAGCAUCAUCAGUCAAAACCCUUGCUCAGCAGUUUCAAGCUGCCGCUUCACCUGAAGAGUUACAACUGAAUCACACGGAAGCAGGUUCUUCAGAACUUGAGAUAGGACAAACAGAAACAGAGCAAGAUGAAGACCGAAAGACAACAAACCCCAAGAGAAACCCCUCAGACGGUACGGACUAUCUGACUGUAGCCGAUGAAAGGUACAUGCGGUCUCACAGGUCAAAGAGCUGCAACGCCAGCGACAGAAAAGCAAAGCUCCUGAUGCCCUCAAAGGAGCCAAGAGCCUCCAGCAGUGAGAGAGACCUUGCUGAAGCAAGCAGAGCUUCAGAUUCCGGAUGGGAGGCAGAAAAGAGGAAGAUGAUGCAGGCAGGAAAAACACAAGAGGGUUAGUCGGACGAGAAAUGAAAGCAAUCAAUGAAAAAAAAUAAAUAAAUGGAUUAUGAAACCAACACUGGGAAGCAAAACAUGUUUAAAUAGUUAUGGAAAAAUGAUUUGAAAAAUGUCAAGGGGUUGGUUAAAAAAAUAAAAUCACAACUAAUUUAUGAAGAUUUCUUUCUUUACUAAUGCUGCUUUCAGUAUGUGUAACAUACAAGAACUUACAAACUAACUACCGGUCACAUUACAGUUUUUCCCAGUUGAUGUGCUCUCAUGUAAAGGACAUGUAAAGGGAAACCUACUAGAUGUCUUCUGUUUAAGUAAAAAACAAACAAAAAAAAUGCAUGCAUACACAGUGUGACCAUCGAAAAACACCAACAUUCUAUAUAUGGUUGAAACUUUCAAAUACUAUCUGUAAGCAUUUUGUUUUUUCAGAUACUCUGUGCUUAGUACUGAGCCCCCAUAGGGAUCUCCCUACUGCUUUCAUGCAAAAACAACACAGUAUGAAUUCAUUCCUGCUUCUGAAAAAAAAAACAUUCCUUUCACAGUUUCAUUUUAACACCGAAAUCUGUAUAAAUGUAGGUUCCAUAAGAAAACAAACAAUAAAAAAUAUUACUAUUAA